AUGGAUAACGUAACAGAAAAAUUGUUUCAAUGGUUUGGACAUCGUAAAUUUAAAAGUGAACUGCAAGAACGUGCAACGAGAGCCAUAGCAAGAGGUGUCCACGAUGUUUAUGUAUCAAUGCCUACAGGCUCUGGCAAGUCACUGUGCUUUCAAUUGCCAGCAAUUUUGCAGGACAACAAAGUAGCGAUAGUCUUUUCACCCCUCUUGGCUCUCAUCAAAGAUCAAAUUGAUCAUCUUACAAAACUAAAAAUUCCAGCUGAAUCUAUUAAUUCUAAAAUGAGUUCUAAGGAUAGAGAAAGGGUUUUAAAUGAUUUAAGAAGUAUGAAACCAGAUACAAGGUUUUUAUAUGUAACGCCUGAACAGGCAGCUACUGGUACAUUUAAAUCCCUUAUGGAACAUCUAGUCAAAUACAAGAAGGUUUCAUAUGUUGUGGUUGAUGAAGCUCACUGUGUCAGUGAAUGGGGACACGAUUUUCGUCCUGAUUAUUUGAAAUUGGGCAAUCUACGAGAAACAUAUAAGAGCGUCCCUUGGGUAGCACUCACAGCUACGGCUAGUGCUGAAGUUGCAAAAGACAUUUUAACAAACUUGAAGCUACUGUUACCUGUUGCACAAUACAAAACGCCAAGUUUUCGAAGAAAUUUAUUUUAUGACGUAAUUUAUCAAAACUGUAUUGAUGAUGAGGUUGGCCAUUUAUUGGAGUUCUUAAAGAAGAGUUUAGCUGAAGAUGAAAAUAUUAAACCUAAAGAUAAGAAUGCUGCAAUCGUGUACUGUCGCACUAGGGAAGCAACUGAGAAUUUAGCCAACAUGUUAACUAAAAGGGGACUCAUGGCUUUAGCUUACCAUGGAGGCUUGAAGUCAGCAGAGCGAAUAUCAGUGCAAGACAAGUGGUCUGGUGGUGAAUGCCCGUGCGUGUGCGCCACUGUUUCUUUUGGUAUGGGCGUGGAUAAGGCCAGCGUACGCGCUGUCGCUCACUGGGGCAUUGCGCAGAAUGUUGCGGCUUAUUAUCAGGAAUCUGGCAGAGCGGGGCGCGAUGGCAAGCCGGCAUUUUGCCGUAUAUACUAUUGUUGCAGCGAACGCAAUGCGGUUGACUUCAUACUCAAAAAAGAAAUUGCCGUCGCUAAAACGCCCGAACAGAAAAAUCGAAACAAGGUCGCUUAUAAAAGUUUCAGCAUAAUGGUUAGAUACUGCGAGGAGGUCAAAUGCCGUCACAAAACAUUCGCGGAGUACUUCGGCGAGGAGACUCCCCGUUGCAUCGACCGCUGUGACGUGUGCGCGGACGAGCGCAACGUGCGGCGCGCGCUCGACCAGCACCAGCGGCGCGCCUCCUCUGCGCAGUUGCGCUCCGGAGGACUAGUCGUCAACCAGGACGUGUCCGACUUGUACGGGGAGGGUAGAGUUGGCCAGAAAAGAGAAGCCGAAAAUUACUACGGUGUAGCGGGGGAUAGUGAUGAAUCAGACGGUGAAAGUAAUCGUCGUCGCAUUGCAAACGAAACAAAGUCUCUCAUAAUGAAGGAAUUCGCUAAUAGGAAAAAGCAUUUGGAGGACAAGAAGACAAAAAACGAAGCGGAAUCAGCCAAAUAUUCAAAAUGCAAAGCAGCUGAAAGUACAGGUACAAAAGUAAAUGGAUUAAAAGUAGCGAGUCGUGAGGGUUAUCUAACCUUGCUUACCGAUGCUUUGAGCAAUAAUUAUCAUAGCACGAAGGACGCAGACAACUUCGAGAGAACCUUUUCCAAACACGGUUUAGAACAAUGUGCCGCAGAACUGGAAUAUGAGGCGUUUUCAAGUAGCACUGUUAUAAGUUUGUAUAGAAGAGCUAUGGCAAAAUUGAUUUCAGAGGUAAAAGCAUGUAAGAGUCAUAUCUACCCACAACUGAAAACGUUUGAGAUUAAGAAACCAAAUUCGCUUAAUCAGUUUGUCAAAGACUUUGAACAACAGCAAAAAGAAAAAUCCCAAAAUAGGUUUGUUACAGCAUCACAAUUAUUAGAGAAUGAAAUGGAAUGUAACCCUGUAGACAAUACGUUAUCCAAAUCUGAUAAACAUACUAAAAGGAAAGCAAAUUCUUUUAAACGAGAUCCUUUAACUCAAACAAAACUUGGAUCAUUUUUCAAAAAAGCUUCAGAAGCAUCUUCUGCUUACUCAUCGGAAGAAAGUGAUAAUGACGAUAACCUGGUUAUUGACGAAAAUAUAAAAGAUAUCAAAAAUGAAUCUUGCAAUAGCCACUCCAAUGACACUACACUCAAAAUAAAGGAAAUAAACGAUGAGGAAGAGGUUAAAAGUACUGACCUGGAUAUAGAUGCACCUAGCGAUUUUAAAACAUUUGUGAUAAAUAUAACAUUAAAGGGUGUACCCCCUAAAGAUUUAGAAGCUAAAACAGAAGACAACAUUAAAAAUAAACCCGAUGAAACACGCAAGGAUAAAAACAUAAAAGAAACUGGUUCAAAGACAUACGGAAAAGAUAAAAAACCACCCUCGAAACGGAAAUUAAAAGCUCUUUUUGGGGAAUCGUCUGAAAGCGAAAGUGAAUGUCCAAAGUCAAAAAAACAUAAAACAUCUAAAACUCAUAAGAAUGAAGAUAAAAGAAAUAAAAUAAGUAAAUCUCAUGAUAAAGAAUCGACUAAACCUAUAAAACGUGAUUCUGACCCACAUCCAACCUCUUUGUUUGGCAAUCUGAGCGACAGCGAUUGCGAAAGGGAGUUAGUCAUUGACGAUGGUGGUAGUAAUAAUUUAAGUAAAAGUGCUGACGAGACAUUAAUACUUAGUGAUAUUAAGAAUAAUGAAGUGAGUCAGGAUUGCGACAUAUCCAAAAAAACUAUUCCAGAACACCAGCCAGAAACAUCGUUAGAAGCGUCAUUGGAAAGUCAAUUGAGUUCUUUAGAACGAACUCAACUUCCAGUAGAAAUCGAAAACCUCAGCAAGGCUCGUAAACUAAGUCUAGAAGCAGAUGAAAUAAUGCAAAAGCUGAAGAAUUUUUCUUCUGCACCACUCAAAUCAGAAUCUUUUGAUAUAGUGGACGUAGAAAUUACUCCACCCGAUUUUAUACCCGAAUCCCCUUCACCAACUAGACUUAGAACCAAAGUACAGGUACACAUCGAUGACAUAUCUAAACAUAAAAAGUUGACCUUGAAUAAGCAGACUAAGGAAGAAGGAAGUACUAGUGUAAUACUGAAAGAAGAAAUUAGCUCAAUUGAGAAGCCAAACGAAGAAAAAAAGUCAAAUAUAAAAGCAAAAGAACAUAAGAAACAGAUUAAAAGCAAUCACAGUAGUUCGAAGAAAGACAUUAAACAUAGAAGUAAAGGGCAUGUAAAAAAAACCGAAGAAGGUGUGAAGAAGAAAUCUGAAAAGGUAGAUCUUGCCGGCAUGGUUGUAAAAUUGCUCAUGCCUUACUAUAAGAAGAAAAAGAUUAGUAGUAGAGAUCUGUUUAAAACAACUGCUAGACAUAUUGUUCACCAAUUAUUGGCAAUACAAGUUACUGAAGAAGCAGCGAUAGAUCUUUUGUUAAAAAAGACUUUUGGUAAAGAGUUUAAAAUAGAAAAUGAGGGUGAUUUAGUGACUAAGAUAAAUUUGAGUAAUGUUGUAUAA